AUGCUACAGGUCGUCCUGGUUUCAACAUUCCAGAAAUGUACUUCUACCAUAUGUCAGUUAGCGUGUAGCUUUAAGGCUGAUGCUUUAGAUGAGCACUUUCAAAUGGCUCAAGAUACGAGCUACCAGUGUUUAGACGCUUUCUGCAAGUCUGUUAUACACCUCUAUCGUGACGAGUAUUUGAGAAGGCCAACAGAAGCAGAUAUCGAGCGGUUAACAGCUAAAGAUGUCGAGGUUCAUGGUUCCCGAGGAUAUUACCUAGCAGAUGGUAUUUAUCCAGAAUGGGCUACUCUUGUUAAGUCAUUCAAGUGCCCGAUGGACCCGAAAACCUCCAAGUUCAAAAGAUACCAGGAAGCUGCAAGAAAGGAUGUCGACCGAGCAUUUGGGUUUCUUCAGGGUCGUUGGCAGAUUAUUGAACAAUAUGCGCGGCCAUACAGUGUGAACAGGAUAAAACAUAUCAUGUUAUGUUGUGUGAUUCUGCACAACAUGAUCGUUGAAGAUAACGGGCGUGUAAUUACAGAGUUUGAAGAAGAGUUGAUAGCUAAUAAUGUCCUUCCAACCCGUGCGUGGACUGAACGGUGUUCAUAUGUACAGUGA